GGCAUGAGUGUAGAGGACGGGGGUGUGCCAGGCCUGGGCCAUCCCAGGCAGGCCCGCUGGACCCUGAUGCUACUCCUGUCCACUGCCAUGUACGGAGCCCAUGCCCCAUUGCUGGCACUGUGCCACGUGGAUGGCCGUGUGCCCUUCCGACCGUCUUCGGCUGUAUUGCUGACUGAACUGACCAAGCUGCUACUGUGCGCCUUCUCCCUCCUGGUGGGCUGGCAAGCAUGGCCCCAGCAGACCCCACCCUGGCGCCAGGCCGCCCCAUUCGCACUAUCAGCCCUGCUCUACGGCGCCAGCAACAACCUGGUGAUCUACCUUCAACGUUACAUGGACCCCAGCACCUACCAGGUGCUGAGCAAUCUCAAGAUUGGAAGCACAGCCCUGUUCUACUGCCUCUGCCUCCGACACCGCCUCUCUGCACGCCAGGGCUUAGCACUGCUGCUGCUCAUGGCAGCAGGAGCCUGCUAUGCAGCUGGUGGCCUGCAGGACCCUGGGAACACCCUUCCUGGGCCCCCUUCCGCAGCUGCUGCAGGCCCCAUGCCCCUGCAUAUCAGUCCACUGGGACUGCUGCUUCUCAUCCUGUACUGCCUCAUCUCAGGCUUGUCUUCCGUGUACACAGAGCUGCUCAUGAAGCGACAGCGGCUGCCCCUGGCACUUCAGAACCUCUUCCUCUACACUUUCGGUGUGCUCCUGAACCUAGGUCUGCAUGCAGGUGGCGGCCCCGGCCCAGGCCUCCUGGAGGGUUUCUCAGGAUGGGCAGCACUUGUAGUGCUGAGCCAGGCACUAAAUGGGCUGCUCAUGUCAGCUGUCAUGAAGCACGGCAGCAGCAUCACACGCCUCUUCGUUGUGUCCUGCUCGCUAGUGGUCAACGCUGUGCUCUCAGCAGCCCUGCUGCAGCUUCAGCUCACAGCUGCCUUCUUCCUGGCCACGCUGCUCAUUGGCCUGGCUGUGCGCCUGUACUAUGGCAGUCGCUAGCCCCUCACCACCUCCACCCUGAUUCCUGACCUGUAGAUUGGGCACCACCAUCGGAGCCACCUCCCAGUGCUGACCCCUCCCCUCAGCAGCCCUGUAACAAGUGCCUUGCGAGAAAAGCUGGGGAAGUGCGAGCAGCCAUGUCAGUCUCUGGAGGUUCAUCCAUGAUGUAGCAUGUAUCAGUACUUCUUUCGUUUCUGUGGCUGAAUAAUGUUCCAUGUAGGAUGAAAUUACUUCUGUCACCAACUACCCAGAGUUUGGCCAGACUUCACAGAGUCUCUGCAUUCAGAAGACUCAGGCCACUGAAGCCUGGCUCCUCAGGAAAUUCCAUCACCCUAACAACAAGAACCUACUGUAUAGCACACGAACUAUAUUCAGUAUCUUAUAAUAACCUAUAAUGGAAAAGAAUCUGAAAAAAAUAUAUAUAUCUACCAGGUUGGCCAAAAAGUGCCUUCGGUUUUUAAGUAAAAAUAAAAGACACAUUUUUUCAUUUUCACCAAGAACUUUAUUGAACAACAUAUUCACCCUUUUGUUCCACUACCUUCUGCCAUUUUUAAGGCAACUUCAUAAUUCUGUCUUCCCAAAACUUUUUAUCUUUUGAGCAAAGAACUGUUCCAGGUGCCUUUUACAUUCCUCCAGGGAACUGAAAUUUUUUCCAUUGAGAGAAUUUUGUAAAGACCGAAAUAAAUGGAAAUCCGAAGGUGAAUGUGUGGUGAAUAUGGAGGAUGAAUCAGAACUUCCCAGCCAAACUGUAACAGUUUUUGUCUGGUCAUCAAAGAAAUAUGCGGUCUUGCGUUAUCCUCAUGGAAGAUUAUGCGUUUUCUGUUGACUAGUUCCGGAUGCUUUUUGUCGAGUGCUGCUUUCAGUUGGUCUAAUUGGGAGCAGUACUUGUUGGAAUUAAUCGUUUGGUUUCCCGGAAGGAGCUCAUAAUAGAGGACUCCCUUCCAAUCCCACCAUAUACACAACAUCACCUUCUUUGGAUGAAGACCGUCCUUUGGUGUGGUUGGUGGUGUUCAUUUCGCUUGACCCACAAUCUCUUCCAUUCCACGUUAUUGUACAGUAUCUGUAAACCCACCUAACAUGAUUCAAAAUGGAGUAAUACCUGUCAAGGGCACCUAUUAAGUCUCUUUCAGACACCCGAGACCUGGAAAAUUACUGAAGACUGCAAGUCUAUUCUCUGAAAAACCACAUCCUAUAGACACACAGCCAGCCCCGGUACUGCUGUGGACCAGAAUAUACAUGAACCCACCUCCUUUUGCUGCACCUUGCCCUUUGAAGCCUAAUAAAAGAUUCAAACCCCACCCUUUGGGGCCAAUGCCACCCUAUGUGUCUGGCCCCUUUCCUCCCUUGGAAAGUGGAGGAAUAAAAACUUUCUUUUCUUCCGUUGUUAA